AUGGAGCUGAUGGAACUGGUUGAAAACGAGCCUACCGCUCGUCCCUUUCAGUGCGAUUGGCAAUCAUGCACUAAAGUACUUGAGCACGCCCUGAGACUCAUAUUCGACCAAGCUAACACUUGUCGCCAGAGCUUUAAUCGCAAAUCCGAUUUGCAGAGACACUACCGGAUACAUACCAAUGAGCGACCUUAUUCGUGCUCUAUCCCCGGCUGCGGGAAGAGCUUCAUUCAACGGAGUGCCUUGACCGUUCACAUCCGAACUCACACUGGAGAGAAGCCACACCAGUGUCAGCACAUUGGAUGCGGGAAACGAUUCUCAGAUUCUUCGAGUCUUGCCCGUCAUCGAAGGAUUCACACUGGAAAGCGCCCUUACAAGUGUGCCCACGACGGAUGCUCCAAGAGGCAGGUUAAGACACGGAUGUCUUUGAUUCCCUUUGCUAACUCGCAUUCCAGCUUCUGCAGAAAGACGACAAUGGUCAAGCACCAACGUCGAUCGCACCAACAAGGAAUGAACCCCAACGAUAUCCUGGACGAUUGCUCCUCGGACUCCGAUGAUGACGAGCCCCCGUCCACUCCGCAGCACUCUGGGAUGACCUGGUCCCCUCAGGAUAUGGUUCCCAUGAACCAAGGCAUCCCGCACGGUUCAUUGCAUCGCUCGGCUUCUUAUGCCGACUUUGAGCAGCAAGUCCAUGGGCAGCAUCUUCAGCAGCAGUACGGCGGCCGACAAGGCCUUCCUCCUAACGUUCCCCACGAGUUUCAUGGACCGCCCAUGCCUGACCAUCAUGCGGGCGUGCAGAUGGUUCAUCGACCCACGAAUAUGCCACGCCAGGCGUACUAUGUAACUGAGCAAGGAAACCCCGGCGUUGCCACCAUGACGAGUGCCGUUCAGUCUCAUUAUCAACUCCCUCAGCAGGUGGAGCGACCUCCCAUGGACAUACCAUAUCCGGCCUCAGGAAUUGCAACCUCGAUUCAGAGCAGCCCCAGCGCCUUCUCUGCCACCUCGGUUCCUAGCCCAAUGAUCCCGGAGGGCUUCUAUGCGCAUCAACCUGGAAACCCACCAGCCUAUAGCGCGGCGGAUUCUCAGCCGGCUAUAAUCCAGUACCACCAACCUAUCCAACAUCCCAUGAGCCAGUCUCAGCCACCUGUGACUUCCCAAGCACCGCAGAUUCAGGCUCCACCUGCUGACCACUAUCCUCAACCACCUGCUCAGCCACAACAGGAGCAGUGGGCUCAUUACGACCCGCCGAUCGAGGUCACGACUAUUGGACAGUUGCCGGCUUACGGAACUGGGGUUUACGAUCUCUACGGACCGAAGAUCGAGUUCGAUGACCCGACAAUGCAGCUACCAAGCAGCAGGCUCGCGAGCCUGUGA